CUGCGCCGGCGCCAGAGCCGCCGCGGAUGCUGCGGCGCGCGCACCUGUCACGCGUACUCCAUUCACACACCACGACAAACAUACGCGCAUCGAUCGAACACUUCGUGAAACAAAACCAAAUACAGUGUUCAGUGACAGUGAAUUUUACACAACUUUAAAGGACUUCAAACUCUACUGCGCAUCUCCGGAUCCACCCUAGACGGGGCGAUGUUAAGCGCGGCCGUGGCGGCGCUAGCGUGCCUCUGCCUGGCGCGCAGCUCGCCCCCCGAGCCGCACACGCUGCGCUUACACACGCAGAACACACACGCUAAUAAGGAGUUUAACACUCUGUUGGCCACUAUUGAAGAACGCCUUCGGGUAUUGGACACAAUCAGCGCGGUGCAGGUGAAGCAGGCGCGACGACUCGAGGUCAUUCAGGACAAACUUGAUCGAGUGGAGACUACGCUUUCGUUGCGACUUGAGAGGGCCCAGUUAGCGGCCGAGAGAUUGGAGCACCGGUUACACAUGCUUCAGACUAGUGUUCAAGCCUCAAUCAAAGAGAGCAGUAAUAAAAUUGAAGAAAGCCAGUUGAAAAUUACAGACCUCGCUCAAAACCUGACUAAUCAUAUUGAAGGACACAGAAGAUUGCUGGAAAAGGUAAACGGCGCGUAUGCGGACACUUGGCGACGAGGCCUGGUGCUAGAGAACAUGAUGCGAGAUGGACUAUCAUUAGUAAAUGCCACGAGGAGAGAGCUAGCAGACGGUCUGCGAGCACUCGCAAGGCGCCAGCGUGAUGCCAGGAUCACGUCCGCAGACUUGGAGGCUGCCUUCGCACGUCGUUUGAAUGACAACACUUAUAGAAUCGAUUUAAAGAUGCAAGAGCUAUUAGAUGCGCAGAAACGUUUCGUGGAUUCCUGUCAGAGAGUCCAACUGGAUGAUCCUACACACGUAGCAGACGUGCUGGAUAGACUGAUUGACUCUCUCAUCAAUAAAACCGCAGCAACGUUCCACGAGCUGCAAAACAUUCAAGUGACGAUGCGUAGCCACGACAACAAAGUUAUGAAACUUUUGAACACGGCACGACCAGGUCAGAACGAAGCAACAUGCAGACGUCUGGAAAGCGCUUUCAAGAACAUGUCGCACACGACAUUUAAGGAGGUGGAAUUGCAGCAGCUGACAGAGAAAUUCGUAGCGCUGACUGACAGAGCUGAUGCAGCUCUGCAGAAGCUAGAAGUCAAGAUGGGAGAUGAUAACGAAGAUACGCCAGCUUCCGACGUCACCGGCGCCGCUGGCAGACUAUGGCUCAAGCUUAAAGGAAUCAAAGGCGAACACGAUUCCGACGAGGACCUCGAAUGGGAAGAGGAGCAAGAUAGCGGCUACUUCGACGACGGAGGGGACGGGAUGAUGGACGAAGACCGAGAGAUCCUGACGGGCGCUCGUCGAGGCCGGCAGGCCUCCGCCCCCGCCCGCGCCACGCACCGGAGACAUCUGCACAAACACCCGUACGACCGCGGCCCCAAGAGGAACAGCUCCAACUAAGCUAUACUGUAAUUUGUAAUAUACUGUUGCUUUAAGAGUACUUAA